CCACGUUCUUCCUCGCCGCGCUGCAUCCUGGGAAAGUGGGUUUCCACAGUCAGGGAAGAUGGCCGGCGUGCAGCCCCCUCCCCUACGCAGCCUGGAUGAUUUCCUGCUGUGCUCGGCCCGGUUCGCGGUGCCGGACCUGCGCGACCUGGACCGCUGGAACAACCGCAUGAUCAACAACCUGCUGUACUACCAGACCAACUACCUGCUGAGCGCGCUCGGACUGCUGCUCAUCGUGGGGUAUUUUCAGCCCCUCCAGAUGUUUGUUGGGAUGACCGUGGUCUCCAUAGCGUUUGUGGGCUUUGUGUUUGCUGCAGAGAACCAAGCGACGGUCCGCCGUUUCCGUAGGAACCACCCAUACGUGUGCGUGAUGGCCGUUCUUCUUGCCAGCUACCUGUUCAUGUCAGUGCUUGGAGGGGUGGCGGUGUUCCUGUUUGGGAUCGCAUUCCCCGUACUGACUAUCUUCAUCCACGCGUCGGUGAGGCUGCGCAACCUGAAGAACAAGCUGGAGAACAAGCUGGAGAGCAUCGGUCUGAAGAGGACUCCCAUGGGCCUCCUGCUGGAGGCGCUGGGGCAGGAGCAGGAGGCGGGGUCCUAGGAGGAGCGGAGGUCUUACAGAAGGAAAUCGGUGGAAGUAUUGAUCAGAAAUCGGUUGAAGUAUUGAUCAGAAAUCGGUUGAAGUAUUGAUCAGAAGUCUUCAAACAGGAAGCAGAUGUGAGGCAGGACUUUCUCCUGCUAGAAAGUCAGAAGCAAACUUCUGUGUGGAAAUGCUCCAAUUGAUGUCGCUGUUACAUUCUUUCUGCUUUCUCAUGAUUUCUAGAUAAAGUCCUGUAGAGUUGAAAGUGAAGGAAGGUUCUGCGUUGAGUUCAGAGGAUCUGUGGAAGUGUUGCUGUGAAGGAGAAGUGCUCUGCCCCCCCCUCGUGAGCGGCCGGUAGAUUCCUACAAUGACAGCAGACCACAGCAAAGCUUCACUCAGGAAUCUAAGUGCCCAAAACCUAAACAUGCCUUACACAAGCCUUAUGUCCACGUCUCUUAGACGUCGACUACCAUGAGUUUUAUGAUGCACAAUCGGAUAUUUGUGUCUCUGCUUCAUUCCAGAGAAACCUGAUCUCUCCUACAUCUGAAUUCACGUAUUAAGCCUUAUGUGUUUUUUUUUUUUUUUUUCGGCACAAAAACUUCUUUGAGUUUGUUUUUAAUGUAAGAAAUCCUCAUUUAUAAAGGAAAGCUUCACCUUUGUUUGACUUUUAUAACGAGUUGUGUUUUUGAAUGAAGUGUUUUUCAUGAAGAAAUAAAGAAAGCUUUGAACUGAACAUUUAUAGAUAAAUUGAUGUUAAAUUAAAUUGUGUAUCAAAAUCAAAUUGUUCAGUAUUUUGGCAGCAAUAUGCAGCCCUAAUGCUUGUGGCUUAUCUGCUUUGUGUUGACAUUGAAUGUAAGUGGCGAUGUGACGUUAAAUUUCCGCCAAAACUCUCCAACAAACGUACAUCAAAACGUUCCACGGGUGCAGGACGGUCUCCAUGCUCCUCUACUCCUGUGCACUCCUGAAACCUCUCCUCCACGAUCGUGGGAGUAUUCUUACGCUCCUGUGACCGCUCCUGCUCGCCUGUGAAAGUAUUCUUACGCUCCUGUGACCGCUCCUGCUCGCCUGUGAAAGUAUUCUUACGCUCCUAAAACUAGCUCCGCCCCCUCAUGGAGGACUCUGCGCUCGUGGAGCUUCUGCUCCGCGCCUGUGAAACUCAAGAUUGAAGGAAAUUUUUAAAAACCUGGAAAUACCAGUGUAUCAUUAAUUUUCCAAAUUAAAACUAAAAAUGAAAUGAGGGGAAAAGGACUCCUUUUUUGAUUUUUAUCAAUUUCUAAACUACUGUAGUAAAACAAUUCAUUUUUGAUGUUCCUCUUUUUUAAAAGCAAUGAAUGUUUAAAUUCGUUUUCUAAGAACAGUGUUGGAUCACGGGGUGGGAAAAACACAAAAAGAGAAACUGAAAAUGAAUUUAAAUGUUCAUUAUGUGUGGAGCUGAAGUUUGAUGUCAAAAAUCUUAAAAUGUUGAACUUAAAAGUUCUUUGUUCUGUUUUCAAUUUAAUGUUUUAAUGGGAACACAAAGAAUGUAUCUGUUUCUCAACAUUACUUUAGAAAAUGAUAAUUAUAUGAAAUAGUCAUUUUUAAUUUAAUUUUAUUAUUUGUUUUACUUUGAAAAGCAAAUAAUACUCAGAUCCAGAUGUGGCGUCAGUAUUGCCCUGGUAACGUGACGGGGCCAAUUGAAAAGUGGCCGAUCUCACGCAGGUUUCUGUUUGUUUUUUUAUUUUACACAAACUCGGCAGGAGUUGUUACACGUGCAGGAAUGCCUCCACGAGUGAGCAGGAGUGUUUCCACGAGUGUGUAGGACUGCAGGAGCGAUCAUGGAGGCAGAAUGGCGCCUGUGGAACGUUCAUUGCGCUCAUGGAGUUUGGUAAACCAUCGUGGGAGAUUUCUAGCAGAAAUUUAACGCCAGAGUUCUCUGAUUAUACUGGGGGUGGGGGGGUGGUUCAGUCAAAGAGCUCCACAUCUUAUUACUAAACACUAAAGUCAUUGAUAUUUGUCUUAAAGUUUAUGUUCUAAACACAUUUUUUCCCCAAAGUAUUCUCAUUUCCAGUCUGCUUCAUGGCAUUCUUUCCUGUGAAGUCUUUCUGUAAAUGUCUGGAAUUUGCUUUCAUGACACCUUUAAGUGUCUGAUCAGAUUGUAGUAGAUCCAUUUCCCAUCUCCAGUCCACCAGAGGAGCAUCUGAAGGAUCCACAGCCACACAACAGAACAUUUCCUCCAGUCGCAUGUUGGUCAGAAGUUGUUUUGGUCCUCAGCGCUGUUUGAACCGGAUCAUGAGCUGACGCUCUCACAGAGGAGCCGCUGAUGAAGACCUGACAAACUGCUAUCAUCAUAGAUCCAUUUCUGAGGGUUUUUUGGACAAAAACCGUCAAAACCCCAUAAAGAUGUUGUGAUUAAUGCCUUUACAGUCAAACUGACUGAACUCUUGAAUGUUUGCUCUGUUGUUGGUCAAACCUGGUUCAGGUCUGAACUGUUGCCUAGCAGCUUUUAUAUUUAACUAUAUUUUUUACUCUUCAUAUCAGUAUAUUUUCUUUUGUUUCAAAGACUACAUUCUGCAAUGACCUCUUCCUUUUUUUCUGAUGUUUAUGACAUAUUAAGAUUUAUUGUAAUACAUUUUUCUCAUGUUUACGAUAACGUUUGUGCAAAAAUACUUUGUUUUAUUCUUUAAAUUACAAACAGUAUUUUAUCUUGUUUUUCUGAAAGAAGUGAAUAAAUUGAAUUCUGAAUUAAGUGAA